AUGGGCAACAUAUUUAUCUCGGAGCAUGACCCAGAAGUCGUGACUGGCAUCAUUGAUUGGCAAAACACUUCUAUCAAUCCUCUCUUUUUACAAGCUCGGUGGCCUGUCUUCCUUACUCCUCCUGAGGGCUAUCAAUUAGGCCAGGUAAUGCCCCAGCUUCCUGCAGAUUAUGAUAGUAGGGACGAAGAUGACAAGGAGAUUGCGCUGUAUAGCAAGGCAAAGGCCACAUGGAAAAAAGCUUACGAAGUCGCAAGCUUCCUAAACAAUAGGGAGACUUGGCGUGCAAUGCAAGUGGUCCCAGAAUUGAAAGAGGAUUUCACUCUUUAUGAAGAAUGGCACCAGAUGCGCAAAUUUACUAAAGAGAUGCUAGAUACAGACGAUGAAGGGUGGAUUGCCCCUGAGCGUGAUUUGGAAGAAACGAAGUCUCGGAAUAAAAUGCUGUUGGAGCACUAUGUUACCCAAGCACGAAGAUUACCCGAAGAAGUGGAAAAUAUGUGGCCGUUCCCUCUGGAUACAUGA